GACUGGUCAAAGUGCCACUGCAAUUGGAUUGGUCAGUAUUUGAGCAGGUGGGCGUUGCCAGACGUCAAGCCGUCUUCCUGUCUGUGGUGCUGCUACGUAACCUCGCCAAGGUCCUCUCUCACCGCAACGUGAUUUCUCGUGUUUCCCCCUUUUGCGCACGAUAAUGGUCGGACUCCUAACACGGCACCGCACUCGGAGGUGAAGGACGGAAGAGGCCGAGGAUAACGCCGCCAUGGCGGUCGCCUUUGGCUUCAAAGGCUGCCGAAAAAUAGGCGGUGCGCAGAUACGAGCUCUCCUGGAGGCCAAGGAGUUCUUCUUGUUCGACUGCGACGGAGUCCUGUGGCACGGCGAGAAGGCCGUGGCGGGCGCGGCCCAGGUGGUCAACUCGCUCAUGAAGCAGGGUAAAAACGUGGUGUUCGUCACCAACAACUCGACCAGGCCGCGCGAGAAAUACCUGCACAAGUUCUACCGGCUAGGCUUCACCGCCGUCGCGCUGGAGCACAUCUUCAGCUCGUCUUACUGCUCGGCCCUCUACCUGCGGGACGUGGCCAAGCUCCGAGGACAGGUUUUCGUGGUCGGCUGCGACGGGCUACGGGACGAGCUGCGGGAGGCCGGAAUCCCCUGCGUGGAGGAGGCGGACGAGCCGGGCGCCACCAUUUACGACUGCGCUCUGGCCGCCGACGUCAAGGCGGUGCUGGUGGGCCACGACGACCGACUGACUUUCCUCAAGCUGGCCAAGGCGUCUUGCUACCUUAAGGACCCGGAGUGCUUGUUUCUGGCCACCGACAACGACCCCUGGCACCCGCUGUCGAGCGGAAGGAUACUGCCAGGUUCUGGAUCCCUCAUGGCAGCCCUGGAGGUGGCCUCAGGCCGCAAGGCUACGGUGAUUGGCAAGCCGAGCCGCUUUAUGUUCGAGUGCAUCUCCAGCCAAUUCCCGGGCGUGGACCCGACCCAGUGCCUCAUGGUGGGCGACCGCCUGGAGACAGAUAUGCUUUUCGGCUCUAACUGCGGCUUGGACACCAUGCUCACCCUCACCGGAGUGUCUCAGAUGGAGGAGGCCAACCAGUACGGCAAUAGCGAGGUGUCCGCCCAUCAGAGCCUCGUGCCGGACUAUGUCGUGGACACCAUCGCAGACUUCUUGCCUGCUUUUGAAGAACUGGAGGAGCAGAGCAACUGACCGAGCAGGCAGAUGACAAAUUCAGUAAAUAGCACAAAAAUGUAACUUUCCUAUAUUGGGAGGUUUUUGCUAGCAUAAUGUGACAUCUAGAACCUCAAAUGAAAUAAACCAGUUUUCUGACAAAUGAUUGGGGGUGGGGGCACUGAAUAGUGGACAGCAAAUAUGUGGGGAACUACCCCCCCCCCCCCCCCCCCCCC